AUGCAUGCAUGUUGCUCGCGCGGCCACGGCCGCAACGACGCGUCGCCGGCGGCGCUCACUCGAGCCCGAGCCCUCCGCGACGGCAACGCCAGGCUCUCGCCGUCGGCCCCGGCGCGCUGCGACGGCGCGCCGCCGGCUCCCACCGCGGCGUCCGAGCUGGAGGGAAAGGUGACGCACCUGAUGGAGCUGCUCAAGGCGCAUCAGUCGCGGGACGCGGAGGCGUCGCGGCUGCAGCAAGCGCUGCAGUGCCAGGAGGAGGCGGACGCCGCCAAGCUCGUCGAGCUGAUGCGACGGCAGGAGGCGGCGAGCGCGGCGGCGGUCGAGGAGGCCAAGGCUGCGAUCGAGGCGCAGCUGGUCGAGCGAUUCCGCGAGGAGCAGGCGGCGGCGGCGGAGGCGCACUCAGCGCAGCUGCAGCAGCUGAGCGCGGAGCACUCGACGCAGCUGCAGCAGGCAGCGGCCCUCCUGGAGGCGCAGGCGCGCGAGAAGUUUGAGACGGCGGUCGCGCACGAGAGGGUGAUUGGAGCAGGCG